GUGCCGAAGUAGCCGCAGAGGCGCGCGUGGAACUGACGGAAGGAGCGCCGGCGGCCAGCGGCGCGCUCUGCAGCAUGUCGCUGAAUGCCUGGGAGUGGGAAGAGGACCCCGCAAGCAUAGAGCCCAUCUCCUCCAUCACCAGCUUUUACCAGUCCACGAGUGAGUGUGACGUGGAGGAACACCUCAAGGCCAAGGCCAGGGCCCAGGAGUCUGACUCUGACCGCCAGUGCAGCAGCAUUGAGUCCUCAUCUGAGCCUGCCAGCACCUUCAGCUCCGACGUGCCCCACGUAGUCCCCUGCACAUUCACCAUCUCACUGGCCUUCCCUGUGAAUACGGGUCAUAAGGGAAAAUAUGCAAGUUUGAUUGAAAAAUAUAAGAAGCACCCUAAAACGGACAGUUCUGUUUCAAAGAUACGUCGUUUUUACCACAUUGAAUAUUUCCUUCUGCCGGACGAUGGAGAACCUAAAAAAGUUGACAUAUUGCUAUUUCCAAUGGUGGCCAAAGUGUUCCUGGAGUCAGGAGUAAAGACUGUGAAGCCGUGGCACGAAGGUGACAAAGCCUGGGUGUCGUGGGAGCAGACUUUUAAUAUCAAUGUGACAAAGGAAUUAUUAAAGAAAAUAAAUUUCCACAAAAUCACCUUGAGGCUCUGGAACACUAAAGACAAGAUGUCAAGAAAAGUCAGAUAUUACCGAUUUAAGACUGCCGGCUUCACAGACGACAUGGGAGCUUUUCAUAAGUCAGAAGUGAGACAUUUGGUUUUAAAUCAGAGAAAAUUCUCUGAACAGGGCAUUGAGAAUGCCAACAUUAUCAGAGAAGACUCGAACCAGGAACAUCCACCAGGAAAACAAGAAAAAGUAGAAAAACACCCAAAGUCUUUGCAAGGUUCUCACCAAGCAGAGCCCGAAAAUUCUUCCAAGAACAGUGAGGAAUAUGAGAAGUCCCUCAAAACAGAUGAUUCUUCCACGGUUCAAUGGAGUGUUUCAAGAACACCAACCAUUUCUUUGGCAGGAGCAAGCAUGAUGGAGAUCAAAGAAUUGAUUGAGAGUGAAUCACUUAGCAGCUUAACAAACAUAUUAGACAGACAAAGGUCUCAAAUUAAAGGAAAAGAUUCAGAGGGAAGAAAGAAAAUCCAGAGGAGACAUAAGAAGCCCCCUGCAGAAGAAGAGGCACACCCCACGCUGACAGGCCUAAGGAAGCAGAGCGCUUUCUCCAUCCAACUGGCCGUCAUGCCUCUCCUUGCCGGAUGGCAAACUGUCAUGAGUCGUGGCAGUGAGAAGUCUGCCAACAUUUUAGAUUGCCUUUUGACUUUAAAAACAGAAGUUCCAAUCAUGACUGAGGAGCAAAAGCAGGAUUUAAAUCCCCUGACCAUAAAGAUCAAGUGUGCUUCCUGCCUUCCAUCACAGCCUGUGCCCAUUCAGGAACUAGAGAGGCUGUGCAUGCCCGUGUACUGCAAGUACCAGUUCCAUAAGACUCCAGUUCACAAGACCAAGGGGGAGCCCCAUGGAACCCACGUUUAUUUCCAGGACAUCAACGUCAUCUUCCUUGGGGCGCUGCAUCCCAGUGACCUAAGGGAAUACCUGGAGGGUCCCCCCAUGGUGGUGGAAGUUCACGACCGGGACUGCAAGUCAGAGGAGUUUUCUCAGAAGCCUGUGCUGUUUGGGGAGGACCCCCUGGAUUCAUACCUCAACUUCCAGGCCCUCAUCUCUCCCAGAGAGACAGAGAACAACCCCUUUGAAUCCGAGAACAAGAUGUGGUACCCUUAUGGGAUCGCCCAGGUCAGUUUUGCUGACCUCCUCCUUGGCCACAAGUACUUGAACCUGGCCGUCCCCAUCCACAGCUGUGAGGUUCAGCCCACGCACUGCAGCCAGGAUAGCAGGAGAAGGAAGGUUGUGGGGCUUGGGGUCCCCAGAGAUGGCCACCAGCAUGGCCCAAUGCCCAUGGGCAACUACCUAGAGGCUGACUCCCAGCUCAAGUUACGAGUGGACAUCGCAGUGCCACUGAGGGCCGGGGCCAGAGCUGCCGAUCCCAACCUCGGGGGCUCCCAGUUUGGCCGCAUCAUCUUCGUCUUUGACUUUAAGAAGGUCUCCCUGCUCCACAGCCUGCUGCAGGACAUCACUAUGAUCAACGCUAAGGCCCUCGGCCUGGACUCCUACCCCGUCAGGACCCUGCAGCAGAUCCUGUCGGCCUUCAAGAUGCGUAUGCGGGUCCAGGAGCAGCAGUACCUGGAUGUACUCACCGGCUUCCACCUGCUGGACGGGAAGACCCACCUUUUCAUCCUGGAAGGCCUGGCCAACCAAGGCUUGAGGCAGCUGUGGGAGAACCACCAAAGCUGGAUUCCCAGGUCAGAACACGGGAAAUACAAGGUGCUGUACAACUCGCAGCUGCUAUUCCGCAGCCGGCUCUAUGGGGACCUGGAGGCCAUCCUGUACCACGUGCACCUCUUCCAGCCCACGGAGCUGCUGCUGCAGCAGGCGGUGCUUUUCCUGCGAGACACUGAGUGGAGGCAGGUCUUCCAGGCACUGACCAGGAUCCACGACAUCUGCUAUAACAGCACCACCCUCUGGGACGUGAUGGUGAGGAACCUGCUGCCCUCCGCUGCUAUGAUCAAAGACUUGAGCCAAGAGUUUGGGAUGCCCCUUUCGCAAGAAGAACUCACAGAUGAGAAACGGUUUGCCCUACCACCUCAGCCCGCCCCCAAUCUUGAGGACUACCACGGUCGGGACUCCAGCCUCACCUUAGAGAUCCACGCCCAUCAGGAGAAGUACCUGCAGUGGCGGAGUGCCAUGCUGCUGAAGAACAAAGACAAAAAGCACAGUUUCAUCCAGAAAAAUAUCACAGAAGCCUACCAGGUCAGCAAGAAGCCUCCAAAGUCCGUGGCGAAGGUGAUUAGAAUUUCAGCCCCUGCCAACAAGGCCAUCUACAACUAUAGUAUCCAGACCAUGAAUUCUACAGAGCUUGCCAAGAAAGAGCUGUAUCAAGAGAUGGCCAAGGAGCCAAGAAAGAGAUUCACGUACUCACAGGAUUACCUCUCAGCCAUGGUGGAGCCCCUGGACUUGAAGGAAGAGGAGAAGAAAGCCCAGAAGAAAUCCCGCCAAGCCUGGCUCACAGCCAGGGGAUUCCAAGUGACAGGUCUUCAGAGCAACACUGAAGGCAGCUUUCAGGAUCUCAAGCUGCCACCCAUCAAAGAGCUGAAUGAGGAGUGGAAGGAAAACUCCCUGUUUGCUAACGUACUGGAGCCUGUGUUGGAUCGAGACCGGUGGAGCUGGGACAGGCACCACGUGGACUUUGAUCUGUACAAGAAGCCACCACCUUUCCUCAAGCUGCCCCCUUCGCCCGCACCAGCUCCUAUAACAGGUAACAGGCAAAGCUUUGCCAAGCUGGGCCUCCUGAUGCCGUGGGCAGGCAGGAGCUCUGUGCCACUCUGCAUCUUCAGUGGUACCCAUUUUGUUUACGCUAUCAACCAAACUUUCUAUGCUAAAAAAAUCAAGAUGCAGAACGGGUCUGAUAGAAGAGAUUGAAUGUUGGGCUGGAACUCAGACCAGGAUUCUAGUCCGAAGUGUGACAUUUGUGUGACUUCAGGCAAAUCCCUUCAUGCCCUGGGCCUGGUUUUUUGGCUAUAAAGUGGGAAAGUUGGAAGACAGGUCUAAAGGCUUCCUGAGCUUCAACACUAUUACCCAUGACUGAUCUCUAGGUGUCCAGCCAAGAGCUGGAGGCAGAGGCUCUGGGCUUCACUGGGACCUGCCAGCUGCAAAGAUACUGACAGUUCUUCCUGUGGGGGAAAGGCGGAGGCAGGAAACAUAGGUCUUCCUACACCAGUCCCUCCAAGUCCUCUUCCUCUUUAUCCCUGCUUAUGAAAAUUGAUCUCAGGAUCAUCUAGAGGUUAAUAUAGAAUCCAAACUUGUCGGUUAACAGAGCCAGAACCUUUGUUCAGGGAGAACGAGACAUGAACCUAUCUAACAACAAGGUCUGCCAGAGAAACCUCUCCCAGAAAACUAGGUCAGGUGAACAUGAUGGCUUGCUCUCCUCCUCGACUCUUAAGGACAGCUGAUCACAGCUCCACGGAAGUGCUAACAAGUUUGCUAAAAUGUCACUUUCUCCAUUUGCCUAGACUUCGCUCCCUCCCUUCCCAGUAGGCCCUAGGAUCUCCCAGGUUGCCUGAAGAGACCUGUUCUCUGUGGGCAUGUCUCAGGCCCACAGUUACUGCUGUGGCUCUCAAGGAGGCUCCAGCUAGGAGAGCUGUCUAGCCUAAUACAAGGCUUUUCCUUGGUAAGAAUGCUUCCUAGUGAGCUCCACUGCCAGCCUUCCCAGCAAAAGUCUCCUGGGGGUUUCACUGGUGAAAUCAUUUAAGAAACACAUGCUGGGUCUCCUCUUCCCACAACAUGCUUAAGAAAAGUUAGCAACUACAGAUAAGAGGGACAGGCUUGAACUGGUCGCUAGGCCUUUUCAACCCAGAUAGAUGAAUGGAGAACUUGCUGCUGACCGAGGCCUUACAUGCCACCAGCCUAGAGUGAAGCCCCCUUCCAGAGGUCUGCCUAGAAGGGGGGUGGGUCUGACAGCCCCUCCCCAAACUUCCCCUGUGCAAAGAAACUCCAAGCAGCCUUUUGUCCAGAGGUAUGCAUGCUUCAUUUUGUGCAAAAUGCUUCCUUGCUAUUAUUAACAAAACAGAACUUUAGGUUUCACUGAGAGGUUAUUUACAUGGUCACAAUAUUUAGAAACUUUCCCGUUUUAAAAACUAGUUACCAAACCCCUGGCAGAAUGCUCAGGCCAGCCCCCCUCAGCCAGCUCAGCUCUCCAAGUUCCCAAUCUCCUCCUUGCCUAUUUCCAGCAUCACAGUAAAUUGGGAAUAUAC